AUGUCUGGAAACGUGACGGUCUUCAAGUGGCAGGAGGGCUUCUGGCAGAAGAUGAAGAAGGUCUUCGAUGCUGAAUACAAGGACACCUACCUCAAAGCUGGACUCCUGGACAAGACUGGCGGGGAGUUAGUGCACCUGAUUUCAGAUGCCGCGACAAUGCAGAUCAUUCGCUGGACCGGCGGUGGCUUCGGCAUGGCUUGCCACAACUACGACGGAGACAUGCUGACUGACGAGGUUGCGCAGGUACACCGAAGUCCAGGUUUCAUCACAUCGAACCUGGUGGGCAAGAACGAAGAUGGUUCCCUCAUCAAGGAGUUCGAGGCCUCCCACGGCACUGUGGCAGAUCUCUGGCACAUGCACCUCCGCGGAGAGGAGACGUCCAUGAACCCGCUGGGCAUGGUCGUGGCACUGCUGGGCGCCAUGGACCAUGCAGCAGCUCUCAAUCCGGCGGCACAAGCAGAUGUAACGAAGUUCACCGUCAGCGUUCGUGAGGCUGUUUACGAGGCCUUCCGCACUGGCAAGGGCACUCGUGACCUUACCGGACCCCAGGGCCUCACCACGGAGCAGUUCGUGGAUUGGGUGGCAGACAACCUGGCCAAGCGAAUGGCCAAGGAUGGACCUCCUGAGGUCUUCACUGGGGAGGAGGUUCCCAAGGUCGCAGCGCCAUCCAAGAAGCUGCGACGAAAGUACCAG